AAAUGUAAUUACGAUGAUUUGCAUUAUUAUGUUCAUGGUCAGCGAUAAUACCACAAACCCAGCCACAUACCGUGCGCACGUGCGAUUUAAAAACAGACGCGAUUUUAUUACAAAAAAAACAAUACUAUAAGCACUUGCUGACUGGAAAUCGUCAAUAACCUAAUUUUAACACUCGCGACUGUCUAAAAAUAAAGAUUUAUUGAAAGUUUAUUCAAUCGUGAAGUGGCUUAGCCGGAUAUAAGUCAUGUCGACUUAUUUGUUGUUUUUGGUAAUUUUUGCGUCUGCCGUUUCAGUUUUACGUGCCACGAGGGACAUUCCGGGUCGUGUCGCAUUGGAUAAUUUCCCUUUGAUCGAUGGCCACAACGACUUGGCUUAUAAUUUGUACAACAAAUUGCACAACCAAAUCUACAAUUUCUCCUUCCAUAAGGACUUAAGUCAGGAUUCUUUGUUCGGUUCUGACUCUUGUAAAUCUUGCAAUACCGACUUAGUCAGAAUAAAAAAAGGCAAACUGGGAGCACAAUUUUGGUCAGCGUUUGUGGACUGUGGUCCCCACCAGGAUGCUAUAGUCUCCAAAAGCUUCGAACAGGUGGACGUAAUUAAAAGACUGAUUGAUAAAUACCCACAAGAUAUGGAAUUUGUAACCACCGCUGACGGGAUCGAAGACGCGUUCUUGCGUAAGCGAUUGGCAAGCCUGAUCGGUCUCGAAGGGGGGCAUUCCAUCGAUAACAAACUGGCUUUACUGAGACAGUUCUACCAACUUGGUGCGCGCUACAUGACGCUAACUCAGUCCUGUAGUCUCCCUUGGGCUGAUGCGUCUCCUGUGGAUUCACAACCAGAAGCUAACAAGGUCGAUUUAACUAACUUUGGAAAGAAAAUUGUCCUAGAAAUGAAUCGUCUGGGCAUGAUGGUAGAUUUGUCCCAUGUGUCCCACAAUGUCAUGGUUCAAGCUAUUGACACAUCAAGGGCUCCGGUCAUUUUUUCACAUUCGUCUGCAUACAGUGUGUUUCCUCACCAUCGCAACGUCAAAGAUGACGUCAUACUAAAAAUAAAACAAAAUGGUGGGAUUAUUAUGGUGAAUUUUUAUAGCGCGUUUCUGGGAGAGCGUCACGUCACCAUAAAAGAUGUCGCUAGGCAUAUUAACCACAUUGUUGACGUUGCUGGGGUUGACUAUGUGGGUAUCGGAUCGGAUUUCGAUGGUGUAGACAGUUUCCCUAAAGGUUUGGAAGAUGUUUCAAAAUAUCCAGAUUUGUUUGAUUUGUUAAGAGAGAAGAAUCAAACUAGAUGGACUAUAGAGAAUUUGGAAAAGUUAGCUGGGAGGAAUUUAUACCGAGUAUUCAAAAAAGUGGAAGAGGUCAGAGACACACUGUUGCAUGAAAGACCCGACGAAAGCUUAAUUCCUGAUGAAGACUUGGCUAGAGCAGCCGGAUCUGUAAAAAAAUACUCAAAACUUUUGACUUUUAUCACAGUUGUAGUAAUGUAUACAUUAAGAGUGUGAAUGUAAAUAAAUACAACACGUACGCGUA